AUGGCCUCCUCGUCGUCAAACGUAGUGGGUGUCCACUACCGUGUGGGCAAAAAGAUCGGUGAAGGCUCCUUCGGUGUCAUCUUUGAAGGCACCAACCUCCUGAACAACCAACAGGUUGCCAUCAAAUUCGAACCCCGGAAAAGCGAUGCACCCCAGCUCCGCGAUGAGUACCGGACAUACAAGAUUCUGGUUGGAUGCCCUGGCAUUCCCAAUGUCUACUAUUUCGGACAGGAGGGUCUGCACAACAUCCUCGUUAUCGAUCUUCUCGGUCCUUCUCUAGAAGAUCUUUUCGAUCACUGUAACCGCCGCUUCUCCACAAAGACUGUUGUGAUGGUAGCCAAGCAGAUGCUUUCGCGCGUUCAAACGAUUCACGAGAAGAACCUCAUCUACCGCGAUAUCAAGCCAGACAACUUCCUUAUUGGCCGGCCAUCAACUAAGGCUGCCAACGUUAUCCACGUGGUUGAUUUCGGUAUGGCCAAGCAAUACCGCGACCCCAAGACCAAGCAACACAUCCCUUACCGCGAGCGUAAGUCUUUGUCUGGCACUGCUCGUUAUAUGAGUAUCAACACACAUCUGGGCCGUGAGCAAUCUCGGCGUGAUGACCUGGAAGCUCUCGGUCACGUCUUCAUGUACUUCUUGAGGGGUGGCCUUCCCUGGCAGGGCCUAAAGGCUGCUACCAACAAGCAAAAGUACGAGAAGAUUGGCGAAAAGAAGCAAACGACGGCAAUCAAGGACCUCUGCGAUAGUUAUCCAGAAGAAUUCAACAAGUACCUGAGCUACGUGCGUAACCUUGGUUUCGAGGACACACCUGACUACGAUUAUCUCCGUGAUAUCUUGACACAAGCUCUUAAGAACGCCGGCGAGGUGGAGGAUGGCGAGUACGACUGGAUGAAGCUCAACAACGGACGGGGCUGGGACUAUAAGUCCUACUCAUCUCAGGCACAUCUGCACAAUCAGCACCAGAGCUCGUCCGGUCGCGACCAACAUGCAAGGGAGCUCCGCAACAGCCAACGUCCCGGAGUGACAGCCGACCGUUUAAACGCCGCGCAGCCCCCGCCUCCUUCUCCAGCCAAAGUUGGAGCUGGAAAGACGCGCGAGCGCCAAAGCGCCGGCGGCAUGCCUCCCAAACGCCAGAGCGCGGGGGUGGAAGCAUCGACUCCGGCCGCGUCAACCCAGGCACAGUUUCAAAACUCGAAUGCCCACCUCCCCGGUCGGAACGGAAGUCCAGGGAACCCGGGAUUGAGUAACCAACAGCCCCUUGGUGGCCCGGGUACCCCUGAAUCGCCGCCCACUUUCACCCAGAAGUUGAUGAAGGCUCUGUGCUGCGGUAGGUGA